AUGCGCAUAACACAUUUGACACAAGAGACCUCUGAAGUCAUGUGGGCAUUAAUCCUGCCUUUGUUUAAAGCUGUAGCCCACAGCAUUGCAGACACUGAGUCAACGCCUCUUCUGAGGGGACCCAUCCUGCCCACACUUUCUGCUGAAGGGACAGACCCAGGAAGCCACACUCAGUACCGAGUGUCCCACUUCCUCUAUCCAGAGAUGAUUGGCCCUGGCUGGUGCUGGAAUACAGAGAGCAAUCAAACAGACAAAACUCCUUGCCUGCAUGGAGCUUACCCUCAGCUAAGGGAGACAGUCAAAAACAAGUCAACACAUCUAAAGAAGCUGUUGAUGAAACAGGCUCCCCCUUGGAAAGACCACCUCAUCUUCCAUCCUCUCCAUCCUACAGAGAGGAAAACCCAACUUUGGCGUUGGCAGUCAGGUAGUUCAUUAGAUCUGGAAAGCACCUCGUCAGCAUCCCCCUGGCCGACUGGAAGCAACCGUGACGAUGUGCUGAACGCCCUUGCAGAGUUGUGCUGUGGUCUCUCUGAGCUCAUCACAGCACCUUCCUAUGCAGGAGUUUCAAUUCAAGGAUUUAGCCAAAUUUGGGUGCUACUCCCCUUUUGUGGGGGCACUUUUCCUCACAACAAGCAGGAUGUCUUAGGACUCCAGGACACUGAGAGGAACCCCAGUCUCUACAAUCAAAGCAGGAAUAUCAGCCUUCUUACACACUUGGAAAACUCCAAAAUUGUGCGAUCGACAAUCAUCGAUUCAUUGACCGAACAUCCGUUAGGUGUAAGACACUGUGCCACAAGCUUUCCUUGGGGCAUGCCUUCAAGCAGCUAACAGAAAUGAGAAAAGAGGUGAAAAAGACAGCGUGAUAGGCCAUGGUGGCGGAUUGUGGAUGCCCUGCCCUGUAUCCACCUGAGUUUACUUGCGAGGGAGCCUCUACAGCACACUGGCAACUUCCCACUCAGGUGUCUGCAC